UUAGUCCUGUUCUCUGCUGAAUGACUGGUGGGAGAGCAACACCAAAAAAAACAACAGUGCACAUUUGAAGGGAAACUUCACUGCCUGAGUUUCUGUGACACUGUAUGCGUGUGUGUCUCUGUGUGUGCAUGCAACACCACUGCCAAAACCAUGCUAAAGUCAGCACGGGUCAAAGCACAAAGUGGGAAGGGACAGACUCUGGUCUUGAGUUUGACAACGGCAUUUAUUGGUGAGCUUUUAAGACUUUAAGACCUUCAGAAAGUACAGCACCUCCAAAAACAGAAGGACAGAGGGGGGGAGAGAGAGAGGGAGACAGGCAGAGGGUGUGCAGGAGACCAGGACUGAGGAGAGGACAACAUGUCUGUGACCGGAGGCAGCAGGGCUGCGGGGGCCUCCUCGCUGGACGAGCCCAGUGCCAAGCUGUUCUGCUGCAGCCCUUUGAGGCGCUGGAUCCCUCUGGCCAUCAGGGAAGAGCUCUACUGCAUCCUGCGUCUGACCGGACCCCUGAUAUUCUACCGUGUUCUGAAUUACCUGACACCAUUUAUUGUGACAGUAUUCUGUGGUCGUCUGGGGAACACUGUACUGGCUGGCUAUGCCAUGGCAUCAGUGAUAAUAAGCAUAUCAACUUUAGCAACAGGAGGGGGACUAAUCCUUGCAUGUAACACUUUAGUAUCUCAGACGUUUGGGGCGAAGAACCUGCUGCGUGUGGGGGUGAUCCUGCAGAAGAGCAUCCUGAUCUUGCUGCUCUUCUGUCUGCCCUGCUGGGCACUGCUGGUCAACUCCCAGGCCAUCCUGCUGGUGCUGGGACAGGAGCCUGAGGUGGCCAGGAUAGCGCAGAUCUACUCGAUUGCAGUGUUACCUGCUGUUCCGGCAAUUUUCUUACACCUCUUGUUGGUCGCUUAUCUUCAAAAUCAGGGUGUAAUUCUGCCACAGGCCUACAUGAGUGCUGUCGCUGCUGGGGGCACCUUGCUGACAAACUAUGUUUUAGUGUCCUGGCUGGACCUCGGGGUCACAGGUUCUGCUGCAGCCAACUCAGUUGCUCAGAUCAUGAACUGUAUUCUCUUAUUGUCUUACAUAAUCUGGAGGAAGCUGCAUGUUAAAACCUGGGAUGGCUGGACCACGGAAUGCCUCCAGGAGUGGGGCUCUUUUAUGAGGCUGGCCAUCCCCAGUGCCUUCAUGUUUUGCCUAGAGUGGUGGGUGUAUGAAUUUGGAGGAUUCUUUGCAGGUAUGUUGAGUGAAGAUGACUUGGCAGCACAACACGUGGUCAUGAUGCUAGGGUUUCUAAAUUAUAUGAUUCCUCUAAGCAUCCAGGCAGCCGCUUGUGCACGUGUGGGGAAUGCACUGGGUGCUGGAGAUACCAAAGGGGCCAUCAGAACCAGUAGAAUAUGUCUUGUCCUCACAGCUGUGUUUGCAGUGUUUCAGAGUCUUCUUCUAGCCUCCACAAAGUCAUUCAUUGGCUUUAUUUUCACCUCAGAUGAGAAAAUUGCAGAGAUGGUCUCCGGAGUUCUCAAUGUUUACUGUUUCUCACAGUUCCUCGAUGCUAUUGUGUGUGUGUGUAUGGGCAUUUUCCUCGGUGCAGGACGACAGAGGAUAGCUGCUGUGGCUAAUCUCUUUGGCUACUACUGCAUAGGGCUUCCUGUUGGAAUUGCACUUAUGUUUUCUGCAGGGCUACGAGUGACCGGCUUUUGGCUCGGCCUGUUGAUCAGUGUCUGUUUUCAAUCGACAUUUUUCCUUACUGUUAUCUCCAAAAUGAACUGGAAGAUUAUAACCAAGGAGGCGGUCGCACGUGCAGGGGCGAGUGUCUACACAGACCUUGUGCCUGGGCCUGAACAGUAUCCCCUGGAGAGUAACAGAGAGACAGAGAACGGCCAUGGGUCUGUGGUGCUGCAGGAGGAGCAGAAGGCUCAGGGCAGUAAGAGGCGGCAGCCUGCAGCUCUGCUCUCUCCCUCUCAGCUCCUUCUCAGGAGAGGCCUCACUGUGCUGGCUCUCCUCCUCAUCCUCGGUGUGGGUGUCACAGUCCACCUCCUCCUGCCUCUACCAGAGUCCUCCUGGAGCUCAAGAACCAACGGCACCAUAGACGCUGGAAACUGGACCACUGCCACCCCACUGGAACAAAGUACAAUGUGGAUGUAGACAACAAAGGGAUUAGGGACAAGAGGCUAAAUGUACAUAUGUGCAGUAGGCUAUAUACUUGUGCCUGCAUGGGGCAAACUGAUACACUUUCCAAGUUUCAUUCAUUUCACUUAUGAGUUGGUCCUUUGGAAUGAGGAGGUACCUCAAGAUGUAUGAUACUUGUGUUUGUGAGAAACAUCAAUCGCAGCUUUGACUGGGUAUGAACAAUAUGUUUUUUGUUAAAAAAAAAGGUUUAUUCUGAGGGAAUAGCACAAACUCUGUUGGGGAGGAGAUGUUGAACUGCUAAUCAUUUUGACCACAUGGUAUACUGUACAUUGGAAAUAUGAUACAUUUACUAUAUUGAUGAAAUAUGCAUAUAUAUAUUUUUUUUUUAAAGAAUUUGGUUAUUUCAUAACCGCGAUUCCCUGUGUAUACUCUAUACUGUAUGUAUCAAUGAAAUGUGCACUCGUUUUACUAAAUUGUGGGCUUAUUUGCUAAAUCAUGCUCUAAUUUUAUUUUUGCAAAAAUGAGCGCACAAUAACAUUAACAUAGUUGAUGGACAUUAUGUAUUUCUCAAACAAUCAUUUCAAUAGUACAAACAAAUUAUAUUGCUGCAAUGUCAUCCAUGCCAAUGCAGUCCUGCCAAAGAUGAAGAUUGGUAAUAAAGUGACAUAUUACUUAAUUACAAUAAAUUGCUUAGUUAAAGGAAGGAAUGGGAGCAACCUACAUGUAAGUGAUCUUGUAUCUGACUGUUUGAAGAAUAGGCCUACAUGAACAGAAAUGUUUAGUCAUUCCCUUUGUUCAUUCUGAUCUGCCCAUGACGGCACAGAGUUAAGUCACUGAAACGUGAAAAACAGAGUCUCCUCUGUUUGAAGUGAACUUUAAGCGCUCAGUGCAAAGGUUAGCUUGAAGCUGCUGCACAAUUUCCACAGCUGCAGGCCUUAUUGGAACAUUGCUAAAUCUGCUCAUAUAGAGGUAAACAUCCAUUUGCUAGGGUUAACUUGAGACGUUUCCAUGUCAAAACACACUAAAGUGAGAGGAUGUAUUGACGUGGUUGUGUGGUCAAAUUAUUUAAAUUUAAAUUCAGUGACAAUGCUGUUUAUACAUUUCUGGUGUAUUGUGGAGAAAUUUAUUGAAGUAUUUACUGUUGAUGCAGCUUUGAUUCCCAGGGCUUUUAUACAUGGCUUUAGCCAUUUACUACAGGCUGUCAGCAGGUUCAGAGAUUCCAAUAAAAGUGUUCAAAUGUGUGCCUUUAAAGAUCA